GUGGCGUACGGAACGCUUUAUCUGUGCAUCCCGGAAGUUGGUCGGUCGGAGCUAUUUCGAGGAGACACCUAACAUGACAGCACAUCGAGCGCUACGCCAAUGCUCGUGAGGGUUCAAGAUGAGCACCAAGCAAGUGACCUGCAGGUAUUUCCUCCAUGGUGUGUGUCGAGAGGGAAGCCGCUGUCUGUUCUCCCACGACCCGACCACCAGUAAACCCUCCACCAUCUGCAAGUACUACCAGAGAGGAGUUUGCGCCUAUGGAGAACGUUGCAGAUAUGACCACAUCAGACCCCCGGGCAGGAGCGGAGCCACAGCGGAACAGAGCACUGGAAGUGGAGCAGGAGGAGGAGCCAGGGGCCGCCAGGGAGCUAGAAGGGGUGUGAUCCUGAGGGACAGAGUGCUGGGUUCUGACAGUCUGUGCUGUGGGUCUGUAGAGGGCUCCGGGUCAGAUGUCACGGUACCAGCAGGUCCAGAGCAGCUUCAGGACCACAGCAGAGCCCCACUGUCGUACGUGGAGGCGAUCCGAACUGGCCUGGACGCCUCUGGACAGGGAAGUGGGGCUUACCAGGACACUCCCCUCCUCUCCCAGCUGUGCCCCUAUGCUGCCGCAGGACAGUGCCACUAUGGCAACAGCUGUCCCUAUCUCCAUGGUGACCUGUGUGACAUCUGCAGGCUGCAGGUCCUUCAUCCCCACGACCCCGAGCAGAGGAGGGCUCAUCAGAAGAUGUGUAUGUUGGCCUUUGAGUCAGACAUGGAGAGGGCGUUUGCGGCUCAGCUCAGCCAGGACAAGGUGUGUUCUAUCUGUAUGGAGGUGGUGGUGCAGAAAGUGAACCCAUCGGAGCGCAGGUUUGGAAUCCUGUCUGCCUGCUCCCACACCUACUGUCUCACAUGCAUCCGCCAGUGGCGCUGUGCCAAACAGUUCGACAACAAGAUCAUCAAGUCGUGUCCAGAGUGCAGGGUGGUGUCAGAGUUUGUUAUUCCGUCAGUCUACUGGGUGGAGAACCAAGACGACAAAAACAAACUGAUAGACCACUUCAAGUCUGGAGUUAGUAAGAAGGCCUGUAAGUAUUUUGAUCAGGGUCGUGGGUCCUGUCCCUUUGGAGGGAAGUGUUUAUAUCUCCAUGCCUACCCAGACGGAACCCGGGCCCAACCUGACAAACCCAGGAAACAGCUGAGCUCUGAGGGCAACAUCCGGUUUCUCAACAGUGUGCGUCUUUGGGACUUCAUUGAAGAGCGUGAGCAGCGGUCUGUUGCGUCACCAUUGUCGCUCGAUGAUGAUGUGACGGAGUUGAGGGAGCUCUUCAUGCAGAUGUCAGGAUCGAGCCAGGACAGCGCCGCUGGCCCCCUGCCAGACCCAGCCAGACCAGACCAGUAGAUAGUAGAGCUACCGGACCCUCACAUACGACACACACUGGAAAUGGAGCAGACCUGAUCAGUAGAUUCCAGAUGCAGAUCCACAGCCAUCUUCAUCUCCCUGCUUCUUUGUAAGAUAAAAGAGCGCUUCAUUUCUUUCUUCAUGAUAGCGAUGCAGCCCACCAAAGACUCCGAGCAGGUCUGUCCUGCUCUGGAGGCUGUUACUCAACAUCAUGUGAGUUCUGUGUCCCAACAAACUAAAUGUACAAAAAAAUGUCAACAACACACCAAGAAUCCUCAGCACCUGUCAGCUCUUCUGACACCACACGACAUUACGCUGUGUCAUCUGUUACACUGCCUGCCAUUCAAAACAUGAGCACCGGGUGGUGCCAUCUGUGGACCACCUCUUGUUUCACCAACCAGGACUCACUCAACUUUCACCUCUAGAGGGUCACAUCCUCUGGUUCAGCUGUCAUUCAGAUGGUCGGAGAAGGUGCCAGGAUUCGCUUUGGAAGGAAACUCGUCCUCCUCAGACCCGACUCAGAUUUCAGAGGUUGUCAAACCCAAAGUGGAUCCUACCUGACAGGAUUCCAGUACCAGUGUGUUUUAAUGAGCCCAGACCUCCAGUCAGACUGUGGCCUGCAGUUUGGUAUUAACCUUCUCAGGUCUGUAAACAUGAUACGCAUAGAUACUGCUUACAUCCACAGAGUCAUCGGGGUCAGAGGUCACACACUUGCCUGUUCUGUGUGUGUGGCGGUGUGUUGGGGGGGUAGUUAGGAUAUGUAUAUUUACAGUGACAUUACAUGUACAUAAUAUGGAUGAUAUAAGAGAUCAUUACCGUGAAGUCUGGAUUCGUCUUUGUGUUUUAAUUUUGGUGAACUUGUGUGCCAGUUGGAAUAAGGAGUAAAAAGAUUCCUGGUGUAGGGUCCUCCCCCAGCUUCUCAACCUGAGGCUCUAGGACCCCACAAGGUCACAUGGCUGUGUUGUGGUAUUCAAUUAAAACAUUUAUAAAGGAUAAAAUUGGAAGCUGUGUUAUUUCCUCUCGUAAGUAAGUGUGGUGAUAACUUUUAGGCUGGUAUCCCAGAGAAGAGGCCUGAGAAGGAAGUCCCGGGACUAAACUGAUGGUCCCAUAGAGGGGCCGUUAACUGAACCACUGUUGAGACCUGGCAGUUUAACCUUUCUCUUUUGUUACUGGUUGAUUGUGUUAUCAAGUUGAGUUGGUGUUUAAUCUGACAUCCCAUCAGAUCAAAAUAAAGCACACUGACAUUUGUCAACCUUGAGA